GGAGAAAAAUUGGUUUUCUUUUUUGUUUCUGUGUGUUUCCAAUUUUGACCCCAGAAGAAAGAAGGCUCUUGAAUCAACUGUGACUUGAUCGCGUUUGGCACCCCAAAGCAUAUUCCUCUCUCUCUCUGAAACGUACAUGCACGCAGACAAAGAGAACCCAGCUUCUUCUUCUAAUGCAGAAGAAGAAUCCUUGAUCUCGCCGUGAAAACCCAAUUUGGCUUUGAUCCCAGGUGUAUUCUAUCUGUCUGGAUUGAUGUCAUAAACCCAAUUUCUCAGUUGAGGAAGCUUCAAGAGCCAAUCUGGGUAGAAUUAUAGGACAUAGCAAAAGCAUGAAGAAUAAUUGGUUUUGGUUUGGGGAUUUUGAUGACGGGUCUUCGUACAACUUUCCGCUGGAGCCUCUGAUUUUGCAUAGUUUUGGGGGUCAUGUGUUUUCACAUGUUAGUUCAUUUAUGGACAAUUCAUUGCACCAUUGUAGAUGCUUUCAUGUGCCUGGAAGCUUAGCUCUUGAAGGUGCGUUUAAUCAUAUUUCAAAGUUUGCUGGUGCUUUACUAGUGAUGUUCUCUUCUGGGACCAGUACAAAUGCUACUAGGGUAAUAGCAGGUAACUUGGAUGGUUUUGAACCUGGAACCUCCAGUUCUUCUGCACAAGUAAAACACAUUACUUCAAGUAGACAAAAAUUCAAAGGAUUUCACUUCAGUUUUGGGCCAAAAGGAGAAUGUAAUAACCCCAUGGAUUUUGGUAAGAUAUCGGCUUUUGUUAUGCAAUUCCUACAAAGAGAAGCUGAAAGGCGAUAUUCAUAUUCCUUGCUCUCGUUAGCUACUGCUCUUGUACCACCUUUUGGCAACUUAUCUUCAAACAUGUUAGCUGUUUCAUCAGCAAACACUGACGUUAUGGAUCAAAGGCCUUGUGAGGUUGGACGCCAAGGAUGUGCUGGUCUACCUCUUCCCAAUUUGGACUGGAGAAUACAUGCAGUGGAGCCUAGAACUGGCAUUGAGUUCCCUAUGGUUUUGGACAAUAUUUUAAGAGCAGGGAACAAUUCCAGUUUAAGUUCAGAGGUCCUUGUGGGGACUGGAUCCAGAACAAUGACAAUAAUUAGAAUAAAAUCUCUGAAGCUCUAUGCGUUUGGCUUUUAUAUUCAUCCUUACUCUGUUUGCAAGAAAUUGGGUCCAAAAUAUGCUUCUGUUUCGGCUGAUGAACUAAACAAACGCCAUGAUUUUUAUCAGGACCUUCUCAGGGAAGAUAUUGAUAUGACAGUUAGGCUUGUGGUUAGUUGCAAUGGCAUGAAAAUCAAUACUGUGAGAGAUGCCUUUGAGAAAUCCCUUCGAGCCCGAUUAGUGAAGACAAACCCAGAGACUGACUAUCGUUGCAUAACAACAUUUGGUUCAAACUUCACACAAGAUAUUCCAUUGCCAGCGGGAACAACAAUUGAUUUUCAACGAACAGCUGAUGGAAAAUUGAUUACUAAAAUUGGAGAUAAUCAGAUUGGAGCAGUCCAAAGCAAGGAACUGUGCAGGGCCUUCUUUGACAUGUACCUGGGAGAUGGUCCUGUGUCAGAGCAGACAAAAGAAGAGAUUGGCAGAAAUGUUGCUAGUAUCAUUAGGCGUUGCUGAACUAGUCCAUUUAUUGCCAUUGCCUCACUUUUUUUAGGGGCAAGUGGUUUGUUGAGGAGAUGAACUGCUCAGGAGGACAAAGAUGUCAUAGCCGAAAAGCAUUACAAGGCAUAAGUGAGCGCGCAUUCUUUGGGCCUCUUGGGCCUUUCGGAGUGUGAUCAUUCGCUUACCAGUCUGCAAUUCUUUGCAGCCAUUAUAUGGGGAUUUACAUAAGUUAGAUAGGCAAUCCCUAUCAGAUUCCUGUUGUAAUUUUAACGAAGUAGGAUAAUGCGGUUCUUCCCUCAUUCCAAAGUGUAGCAAUUUGAUUGGUUUCAAAAUCUUGAAGACAGCGGCUACCUGACAUUUCUAGUCCAAUAUAAAGCCCAAACAAAUUAACAGUC